AUGACAAUCAAUGAAGAAUGGUCCUCAGCACUCUUCGGCGAACGUGGAUUACUAACAGGGAUUUUCCGAAUGCUUGAUCAACAACGAAAAUCCGCACAUUCAAUCGACUUCAAGAAAAUAUUCGAUGCUCUUCUAAUGGGUUCUAACAAUGGAAAUUUCAAGGAUCCACUCCCAGAAUUGCCUGAGUUCCUCGGUUUGUGUAACAGGUUGAGUUGUGGCGAUAUUUACAAAGCGAUUGACAAGUUCAGACGCUCAGAACUCUUCAGCAACUUUCAGACUGCAUUAAGCCUACUCCAUGAUCCAAACGGAUGGGAGACAAUCGGUAAGCUUUUGUCGAAUCCCGAGCUCAUCUCACAAUUCAUAGGAGGUACUAAUAUGGGAGAAUUGCUGGGAAGCGCACUUGGACAAGCUAAAAAGCAUUCGGCUAAAGCAAAGGAGAAAAACUCAAAGCUAACACCCGACGAUGGCGAUUUCGGCACGGAGUUCAGUGAUGGCGAGGAAUCGUUACCCGAAGUAGAUUUCUCAACAGACGACAAAGGCAAAAAUGAGAAUGAAGAUUAUUACGAACAGGUAGACGUUUUUGCUGCCCAAAAAUCUGCUGCUUUGCCGGAAAUAUCUUUCUCAAUUGAUGGUGAUGAUGAGUCAGACAACGAAGACACUUUGACCGAGAUAAAAGCUGUGCUACCAUCGUCAACGCUAGAAGUGGUAAGAAUUACUACUAUGUGGACAACAACGACAGAAAAACCACUUUCUCUCACAACUUUUCCACAGCUGACCAUCACUAGUCAGCAGACCACUCGAAACCAUCGGAAGGAAAGUGAUUAUUACGCUAUGUACUACAACGAUUGA